AUGAAAGACAUCAAUAGAUCAUCAUCAUUAUUUCCAAGUAUGGAUUCAUUUCAGUACUAUAUUCCAUUGACAUCAACACCAAAACGUUUAAAUAAAUCUCAUUAUUCACAACCAUUAUCAUCAACUUUAUCAAUAUCAAAUAAUUCUUUGAAAAAACUUGAUUUAUCAAUAUCAGCAAUAACUUUAAUUAAAAAACCGUCGUUACAUUAUAAAAAACGACAUCGAUGCUAUCAUCGACGAAGAAAUCCUAUACAUUCAUCAACAAUUAUUAAACAUAUUGAACUCAAAGAUUUAUUAUAUUCAACUCGAGCAAUGAAAAAACAACAAGAAUAUAAACAACGUCAUUAUACAAAGAAUGAAAUGAAAAUUUAUCUUGUAUAA